GGGGCGCCGGCGGCUGGGGCAUCUCGCCCAACCAGUUCAUGGGCGCGCUCGAGAAGAUGGCCGAGCGCAACAACAUGCUGAGCGAGCGCGUCGAGCGUCUGUUGGAAGCCAUGGAGGCCAGGGGCGCGUCGUCGUCGGAGAUUGCGAACAAGCGCGAGCAGCUCGAGGCGCAAAUCUCGGAGGUUGCCGCCGCCGUCGAGGAGGCGGAGGAGGAGGAGGCGGAGGAUGACGCAGAGACUGAGACGGAGGAGGAUCGCGUCGUCGAGACGCCGAGGGAGACGCCCGUCAAGACUUUGGAUGAGACGGUCACGACCACCGUCACUAAGCACCCGGGCAUCGUCGCCGAGAUCAAGUCCCACGUCGGCGUCGACGAGGAGAAGCGCGAGGCGACGAUUACGAUAUCCGGGACGAUUCACCGGGACAUGAACUCGACGCACAAGCCCCCCAAGGGCGCCUUCGAGAUGCGAGACUACGUCGCGCUCGGCACUCAGGCGCUGUCCGACGCCGCGCAGAAGCUCGCGGAGAAGUCCAACAAGGAGGCGAGCUUUGCCGAGCACGGGGACGAGGUUCCGGAGAGGCAACACGCGCACAUUCAGCGAAUCUUGCAAAACGGGAAGGUGAUCUGGGUGGAGGCGAUGAACGAGGUGCAGGGCAAGUACGGCCACCCGUGUUACAAGCUCAGGCUGCAGGACGAAAAGGACGCGAGCGACUCCCCCGCGGUGAUCGAUUGCGUGUUCAAGCCGGCGAUCGACGGCCACGGUGACGGCUGGCACCGCGCGCCCAUGGAGUAUGUGGCUUACAAGUUGAACCGAAUGCUCGGCAUGGACCUGGUCCCCCCCGCGGCGUAUCGCAGGCCCCAGGGCGGCAUCGAGCUCGAUUACAAGACGUUUAACGAGGGCGCGUUCCUCUACUGGGUGGACGGCGCCGACGACCUGUGCAAGACGGGCGACUACCAGACGGCGGUGCGGACGGGAUGCUGGGGCCAAGGUGUCGACCCGAGGGUGAUCUUGUCUGACACCCGAGUGCUCGACGUGCUCCUGCAGAACAGCGACAGGCACGAGGGGCACUUUCUCUUCGGCCGACACUGGACCGAGGGCGGCCUGCCGAAGGGUGGCGGCCUGACGGAUAAGGGCCAGCUGUUCCUGUCUGGCUCUCAGUACAGGCCGACGCUCAUCGACCACGCCGCGGCGUUCCGCAAGGAGGCUUUCGUCGCCAUGGAUCACGAGAACGCCUUCCAGACGGGUCCCACGACGGUAGUCAGGGCGAAGACCUACCUGCGUCUCAGGUUCCUGGACCAUGCGGCGAUCAAGCGCGAGUUUGGGUGGUUCCUGAGCCGCGAGGAGCAGCUGCAGCUGCUGGAGAGGCGGGACACCAUCUUGGAGUACCUCGACAGGCUCGUCGCCGAGCGGGGAUACGACAAGGUUGUCAUCCAUGACUGAUGUUGAACAAGUGUUGAUUUAGAGAAGGAGAGGAGGGUGACGUACGAGGAGGGGGGCUAUGUAUUCACAAAACCGACCGCUCGCGAGGCGCGAACGGCGAAGGACCCGAAGGCUUGUCUGUAUGCAAACCUGUCUGUAAACGGCUUUGGGCUUUGAACUGUAGCGAAUGAAGCGAUUUGGAUGACGACGACACAGUAACACU